AAAACGCUUCAAGAUUGUGUCUCCAGGGCGAAUGGCAUAAUUACUCAAAUUACGUCAACUGCACGGAACGAAUAGCGAACGUGUCGCCGACGGACGUCGCUAGUCUUAUAUACUUGGCCGGAUACUCUCUCAGCUUGGCCGUCUUAUCUCUCGCUGUAUUCGUUUUCCUUUAUUUCAAAGACCUGAGAUGUCUUCGUAAUACAAUACACACUAAUCUUAUGUCUACUUAUAUAUUGUCGGCGUGUAGUUGGAUGUUAAAUUUAGCGCUACAAAACUGGUCAGAAGAGGCGCAAAAAGAUCAAGCAUCUUGCAUGAUAUUAGUCAUAUGUAUGCACUAUUUUUAUUUAACGAACUUCUUUUGGAUGUUAGUCGAAGGUCUGUAUUUAUACAUGUUGGUCGUCGAAACAUUCACCGCGGAAAAUAUAAAGCUUAAAGUCUACACAACUAUUGGCUGGGGAGCUCCAGCCAUAUUCAUCACAAUAUGGGUGAUAUCCCGAUGCUUCGUAACGGUGGUGCCGUCCACGGGACCUGACGGGUUGGCGAUAUCAGGCGAAGCUAAUGACGAGAUGUGCCAGUGGAUCCACGAACACCAAGUGGACUGGAUACAUAAGGCUCCCGCUCUCGCUGGUCUUGCUCUCAACCUGUUCUUCCUCAUAAGGAUAAUGUGGGUGUUAAUAACGAAGCUACGGUCAGCGAACACAUUAGAAACGGAACAAUACAGGAAAGCGACAAAGGCAUUACUCGUCCUCAUUCCGCUGUUGGGCAUAACAAACCUGCUGGUGCUCUGCGGUCCUAGUGACGACUCGUGGUUCGCACACGCCUUCGACUACAUUAGAGCAUUGAUGCUAUCUACACAGGGUUUCACAGUAGCUCUGUUCUACUGCUUCAUGAACACAGAGGUGCGUCACGCGAUACGAUACCACGUCGAGAGGUGGAAAACCGGACGGACAAUUGGCGGUGGAAGACGAAGAGGUGCUUCCUACUCGAAGGACUGGUCUCCGAGAUCCAGGACAGAGAGCAUACGGUUGUAUAGUCACCCUUCAAAACGGGAGUCUGCAGCUUCAGAGACGACAACGACUACACUUCUGGUACCAAGAAUGUCGCUUGCACCUCACCAUGAUGGAAGACAUCUGCAUGCUGAUUACAUAACGAGCGGGAGCGCGAGCGGCGAGCAGUCCCCUGUGUGAGGCGGGGGGCGGGGGAGGCUCUCGCGCCUGCGCACUCUGCCCGAGGAGGACGCCCCUCCCGCCUCUCCCGCCUUCUCCCUGCCGCAUCUAUUAACUAUUAAAACUUCACCGAUUUCAUCAACCAGCGGCUCCUCGGCUAAUACGCCGACCUUUCAGAAUUCUGCCUAUAUUGAAGCUCUCACGUUUCACAACGCGAAUGCAGACGUCUCCGCCCCCUACGAUAUUAAAUCAAGUGACUUCUCUAUGGCAAAUGGACCUAUGAUGAGUGUUGAUCGAAUAUAAUGUGAAGUUAGAGGUUAUAAUAAAUUUUGUGUUUAGAAAUAAAUGAUCUGAUUAAG